CGUUUCUUAUCUUGUUACCCCCCAGCUAACUCAGCACUGCUAGUGGCAGAAGCUUGGAAGAUCAAAGGAAUGGCAGCAAUGAUCACGUACACAUCAGCACUAUAUACAACGCCUCGUUCUUCACUUGUAUCUCUACUUCCCAACCUUCAUUGUUCUAAAUCAACAUCUUCCUCUCGUCUACACUUAUCGCCAUUUUUAUCAAACCCAGCUCUUAAAACAACGCGAACCAGAGCCCUCUCGCUUCUCUGCGCUUAUAAACCUGGUGACGAUUCUGAUUCCAAGGUUGGAGGAUUGGACUGGCCUAUCUUGAAACGAUGGGAUGUGCCUUGGAAGUGGCAGACUGUAUCACUGACCUCACUAGCAUGUGGAUUAAGUUUCAUUUUGGCAGGACUGAUAGAGGCAGCUGCUUUACCAUAUUUUGGGCUUAAGAUUGGUGAAUUAAGUUUGGACCAGAAAGCAGAAAUAUUGUUUGUGGACCAGGGUUUAGUGACAGCAGCGGUACUUGGAGUGAUGUACAGUCUUACCAACUACCAACCACUUCCUGAUGACUUUUUCCGAUAUGAUUGGAGAGAGCCAUUCAAUCUUCAGAAAGGUUGGCUCUUGUGGGCAGGAAUUGGUCUUGCAGGAGGCCUUGCAUCUAUUGCAUUAACAGGAGCUGUCAUGUCCUUGGUUAGGGGUGAGAAUCCACAGAGAGAGACAGAUGCUCUUGUUCUCUUGCUUCCGUUGAUUGGAUCUUCAUUUACCAGCACUGCUUGUCUAGUUGGCAUUACUGGUGUUCUUGCUCCACUUCUUGAGGAGACCGUGUUUCGAGGAUUUUUUAUGGUGUCCCUUACCAAGUGGUUGCCUACUCCAUUAUCUGUCCUUGUUAGUGCUGCAGUAUUUGCAGCUGCACAUCUCACUCCAGGAGAAUUUCCACAGCUUUUUGUACUUGGGACUGCUUUGGGAUUCUCAUAUGCUCAUACUCGCAACCUUCUUACCCCCAUCACGAUACAUGCCAUUUGGAACUCGGGAAUAAUUUUGUUCCUCACCUUUCUUCAGCUUCAAGGAUAUGAUUUGAAGGAAUUGUUGCAGUCGUCUUGAGAGAGAUUUUGUUGGUGGGCUAGGACUUGGUGGUUUAAGUGACACAGAAAGAAGAGCUCUAGCUAGCCCUUGGAUGCUUGGACUUGAGGAAUUUGAAAAUUUGGAGGUUGCACGGAUGGGAAGCAAUACCUAGGUCAAGGAACAGACAAGAAGGGUUCAAAACGAGGGCCACGUUUGGGAAUUUGCAAUCUUCUUAUGCAUGGGAGUCCCCAGAGGCUCAAAAUUUGACUAAUGGCUAGGGGUGUACACGGUUCGGGUUGGGCGGGUUGACGGAAUUUAUCGACCCAAACCAAUUAAGUCGGGUUUUCAAAAUUUCAACCCAACCCAGACCGUAUAAAUUUGUAACCCAAACCAAUUUGUAGUACAUCGGUUUGGUUCGGUUUGGUUCGGUUUGGAUUGGUUUGGUUGAGUUAAUAAAUAUUAUAAACUGAUGCUCAACUCUUUACUCCCCUAUGCGCACCGGUAUAAUCACAUCAGACUACUCUGGUAAAACUGUAACAUGUAACUUAAAUAUUUUAUAAUAAAUUUUCUGGGGUAGGUUAAGAAACUUUACCUUCCGAAACAUUGCAGAAGAUAUACCAUUUGGUGAACAAUAAUCAUAUAUUUGUAACACUAAUCACUAAUUUAGACAACAUAAUAUAUUUAAAAUAUAUUCGGGGUGCUGGGCUAUGCAUAUAUAUAUAUAUAAUAUUUGAAAUAUUUUAUUUUUUAUUCGGGUUGGUUUGGUUCGGCCUAAAAAUAUUCAAACCCGUAACCAACCCAAUUAAAUCGGGUUUAUAUUUUUUUAAACCAAAUACAUAUCGGGUUAAAAAAAUUCGGGUUGGUUCGGUCGAAAAGUGAUCGGUUCGGGUUGGUUUGGUCGGUUUUACGAAACCGUGUACACCCCUACUAAUGGCCCUUGCCCAUUUAUUACUUAGUACUGUAUGUGCUCUACUUAAGUUAGAGGAACACAAGAAAUAAUGGGGUCAAGUUAUAGUUAAUUUUGCUGUUGAGAAUUGAAUUAAAUUUAAACAAAUAUAUGUAAUUUACAAAAGCAAGAAAUUGUGGAAACCCAUGUCCUGGUUUUGCAAAAGGGCCAGAAUUUCAAAGUUAAAUUGA